AUGCGUGCAAGUUUUGCGCAGGGAACGACACGCGACAUCAAGUUCCGUAAACAGCAGCUAAAUUCGCUUCUCGCCGGCGUUCGCAAGAACUCCAAGCUGCUGCUCGAUGCGCUCAGUAUGGACCUUGGGCGUCCUACUGUGGAAAGCGAGGUGUUCGAGAUUGCGCCUGUCGAAUACGAGAUUGGGCAGUUUUUGAAGUACAUGGACAAGUGGGCCAAGCCUGAUAAGCACAAGCUGGGGAGCGAGCAGGCCGCGCUGUUGAUGUGCUCGAUGGAAGUUCGCAAAGUGCCGCACGGGACUGUAGCAAUUAUCGGCGCGUGGAACUACCCGAUACGACUGGUUUUGCUGCCGCUCAUCGGUGCCCUGGCUGCCGGUAAUACUGUUGUGCUCAAGCCAUCAGAAUUGGCACCUCACAGCGCUAUGGCCAUCGAGAUUCUAGUAUCUGAGUGCCUCGAUCCCAAUGCUGUGCGUGUGGUGCAAGGUGGAGCAGCCGAGACUUCCGAGCUUCUAAAGCAGAAACUCGACCAUAUUUUCUACACUGGAAACGGCAAGGUUGGCCGUCUUGUCGCAAAGGCUGCUGCUGAGCACUUGGCUGGAGUGACCUUGGAACUGGGCGGCAAGUCGCCAGUCGUUGUUCACCACGACGUGGCAGAUCUCGGGGCUACUGCUACACGCAUCAUGUGGGCCAAGCUAGCAAACUCUGGCCAGACCUGUGUUGGGGCUGACUACCUGCUAGUUCACCGCUCAAUCAAGGACAAGCUGGUCGUUCUAUUCCGGAAUUUUAUCGAGAAUGCCUACACCAAGUCACCGCAGAAAUCGCCUGACUACACGCGCAUCAUCAAUGGCCGCCACUGGCAGCGCAUCAUGGAGCUGUUGGACGCCACCAAGGGUAAUAUUAUCAACUGUACCGAUGACCAGGCUGACCAGGCCGACCGCUACAUCCCACCGACGCUGGUCGAUGGCGUCCAUCCCAACGAUCCGCUAAUGAGCCACGAGUUGUUUGGGCCAAUUUUGCCAAUCAUCACCUACGACACGCUUGAUGAGGCUGUGAACUUGAUCAACUCGCGCGACCAGCCCUUGGCGCUCUAUGCGUUCGGCAGCUCCAAGACCACAGAGUAUAUAGUUGCCAACACGCGCUCGGGCUCUGCUGUGUCAAACGAUACAAUGUACCACAUGGCAGCAAACAACUAUCCGUUUGGCGGCACCGGCCCGUCAGCAGGGCUGUCAGUUGACCAAAAGGUCUGCGUCUGCCGGCUUUCUGAGCAAAUCAACAAGGCCAAGCCCAACUCGAAUAGCGAAACCAAGCUGUUCAAGAGCCUCGCUAUUAUCCUAAAUGACCGCACAGCACUGGAGGCAUUCCUGACGGAUCCCAAUUCCAAUAGCUACCGCGCCGGGCUCGUUAGUUUGGCGCAGACCAUAAAGCAGUAUGCGUGGAGGGACCACUACGACCAGCAGCUCAUGUCAGACUUCCAGACCGUUGCGAAUCGGCUCAAGGAGUUGCUGGCCUGGUGA